UCCUGUUGUUGUCGCGCGGCGCGCCGCUCGCGCUGAUAACGCGAUGCCACGCCGGCCUGCGCACGCGCACCAGCUUUAAGCUCGCCCUCAUGGAAUGGAUUUUAUUCGUGUGCACUGACUCAAACGGAUACUGUGUUUGAUAUAUAUUAUAUCCGUUGAACAUAGUGAUUGAAGUGAAAACUAUCUGUGCUUAUUAACAUUACAAUUUUAUUAAGGAUUUUUUUUUUUCGGACAUCGCUGUUUAAUUGUAAAGUGCGAUCGAAUUAAACUGAAAAUAGAAACGUGGGAUCAAAUCGAGUUGUGCCAUUUCAUAAGAGAGUACCAAUCCCGCCGCCAAACUGUCUACCGCAAAUGAGAUUAUACCCUGCUAUCACGUCCAAGCGCUAAUAGGUCGGUGGCGCACGAGCCUGAUGAGUUCGUGCGCGGCGGCCGCCAUGCGCGAAAAGCACGCGGCGCCGCGCCGCCUCGCCUCCCCUCCGACCUCGCCCCUCCAGCGACACCCUAGCCCUCUUGGUUCACCUCGCCCUGACGAGCCCCUUGACCUCAGAGUCACACACAAGCGACCGCAACGGCUGGAGGAUGAGAACUGUAAUCUCAUUCCCUCACCGCCACCUCACCCUACUCAUCCAGCACAUCCAGCGCAUCCAGCUCUGCUUCAGUUCUGCCGACGAUUACCCUUGGCUCUACCGGCGUCUUUCGGCCGUUACCCCUUCUUACCCGCAGCAGCUGCGACCCUUCUAGCGCCAGGGGCGCCCAGAGCUCCUCCCGUUCCCCAAAAUGCCGGAGUGAAUAGAGCCCGGGAUCGGUACACGUGCUCCUAUUGUGGAAAGGCGUUCCCGCGAAGUGCUAAUCUGACGAGACAUUUACGGACACAUACAGGCGAACAGCCUUAUCGCUGCAAAUAUUGUGAACGAUCAUUCUCAAUAUCUUCGAACCUGCAAAGACACGUGAGGAAUAUUCAUAACAAGGAACGGCCGUUUCGAUGUCGUCACUGCGACCGCUGUUUCGGCCAGCAGACAAAUCUGGAUAGGCAUCUCAAAAAGCACGAAGCCGAGAACGGGGACGAUAAUCGUCGCAGAUCGCCAGAAGAGACCUACUUUGAAGAAAUAAGGUCGUUCAUGGGACGUGUGGCGCCAGCAAGGCGGACUGCCGCCGCCGCAAGUAUCGCAGACCACACCUGAUAGUGAACUCUACAUUUCCUUGUAUCAUAAUCUGGUCGAUGCAUCCAAAUGACUACUGUGUAUACUAUAAUUAAAACCAUCAAUCAUUGCAGGCAGACGCCCGCUUGAUCUGAAUUGCCAUUACUAAAAAAAAAAAAACAUUUUAAUCAUUAACAUUCCUAACUACAAGAUUUACUUGAAAAGUUAUUACUUAGUUA